UUUUUGUUUGUUGAAGUUGUCUUAGCUGAGAACGGGAGGCUAAAGUAUUUAGAGCGCAUUGCUCAGAGAUUUGUUGAUUUGACUAUGGCACACAGAGGAGAAGUUAAAGUCAUUGUGACUUCAGUGAUUCCACUUCCUGAGCAAGAGGAAAAAGAGCUGAAGCAAACACUGCAAGACAUCCUCGGAGCGGGCAAGACUGUUAAACUGGAGCAGAAGAUUGAUCCCAGAAUUCUGGGAGGACUGGUGAUUGAGUUUGAUCAGAAGGUCUUCGAUAUGUCGAUAAAGACGAGGGCGAAGCAGAUGGAAGAGUUCUUGAGACAGCCCCUCCAUUUCGGCUAAAAUUGCAGAACAACCUGGAGCUGAAAUUGCAGCCCAGCUGCCCCUUCUCUGCUCCUUGACAUGCUGCUUUGCAUAAUCUACUUUCCUUGUAAGUCCAGACUAAGGAAAUAAUUUCAUAACAGACCCUCUCUUAUUUCUGCCUAUGAUGCUUUUGAGCUCCAAAUGCUGCUGGUUCUCCUAAAAAAUUUUUCUUUUUAUUGCAUUCCUUAAUGUGACCAUACUUAUUUGA